GCCGCCGGAGGUUCAGUGUGGGGACUCGGCGCGCAAGGCGGCAGGAGUCGUUUCCGGCCGUGUUGGAGGAUCAGCUUGAGGCCCUGCGGCGGCGGCGACGAGAAUAUGGAGACGAUCCUGGAGCAGCAGCGGCGCUACCAUGAGGAGAAGGAGCGGCUCAUGGACGUCAUGGCCAAGGAGAUGCUCACUAAGAAGUCCACGCUCCGGGACCAGAUCAACUCGGACCACCGCACACGGGCCAUGCAGGAUGAAAAUAAUAAAUCCCCACCUGCACAGGGGCAACUUCACAAGUGGUGAAGCAGGGCUGCAGAGGUACAUGGAGGUCAGUGGGAACCUGAGGGAUUUGUAUGAUGACAAGGAUGGGUUACGAAAGGAGGAACUUAAUGCCAUUUCAGGACCCAACGAGUUUGCUGAAUUCUAUAAUAGACUCAAGCAAAUAAAGGAAUUCCACCGAAAACACCCAAAUGAGAUCUGUGUGCCAAUGUCAGUGGAAUUUGAGGAGCUCCUGAAAGCUCGAGAGAAUCCAAGUGAAGAGGCACAAAAUUUAGUAGAGUUCACAGAUGAAGAAGGUUAUGGUCGUUACCUUGAUCUCCAUGACUGUUACCUCAAAUACAUUAACUUGAAGGCCUCUGAGAAACUGGAUUAUAUCACAUACCUCUCCAUCUUUGACCAAUUAUUUGAUAUCCCUAAAGAAAGGAAGAAUGCAGAGUACAAAAGAUACCUGGAGAUGCUGCUUGAAUACCUUCAGGAUUAUACAGACAGAGUGAAGCCCUUGCAAGAUCAGAAUGAACUCUUUGGGAAGAUUCAGACUGAUUUUGAAAAGAAAUGGGAUAAUGGUACUUUUCCUGGAUGGCCGAAAGAGACAAGCAGUGCCCUGACUCAUGCUGGAGCCCAUCUUGACCUCUCUGCAUUCUCUUCCUGGGAGGAGUUGGCCUCCCUGGGUCUAGACAGAUUGAAAUCUGCACUCUUAGCUUUGGGCCUGAAGUGUGGUGGGACCCUAGAAGAGCGAGCCCAGAGACUGUUCAGCACCAAAGGGAAGUCCCUAGAGGCACUUGAUACUUCCCUUUUUGCCAAAAAUCCCAAGUCAAAGGGUACCAAGCGAGACACUGAGAGGAACAAAGACAUUGCUUUCCUAGAAGCCCAGAUCUAUGAAUAUGUGGAGAUUCUUGGGGAACAGCGGCAUCUCACUCAUGAAAAUGUACAACGCAAACAGGCAAGAACAGGAGAAGAGCGAGAAGAAGAAGAAGAAGAGCAGAUCAGUGAGAGUGAGAGUGAAGACGAGGAGAAUGAAAUUAUUUACAAUCCCAAAAACCUGCCUCUUGGCUGGGAUGGCAAACCCAUUCCUUACUGGCUAUAUAAACUUCACGGCCUGAAUAUCAACUACAACUGUGAAAUUUGUGGGAACUACACCUACCGAGGACCCAAGGCCUUCCAGAGACACUUUGCUGAAUGGCGUCAUGCUCAUGGUAUGAGGUGUUUGGGCAUCCCAAACACUGCCCACUUUGCUAAUGUGACACAGAUUGAAGAUGCUGUCUCUUUGUGGGCCAAGCUGAAACUGCAGAAGGCUUCGGAAAGGUGGCAACCUGACACUGAGGAAGAGUAUGAAGACUCCAGUGGGAAUGUUGUGAAUAAGAAGACAUACGAGGAUCUGAAGAGACAAGGACUGCUGUAGUGUUCAGCUAUGUAGCUCGGCUUUGGGCACACCCAGGAUGCCCCUCGAAUCUGCUUUUUCUAUUUCUCUCAACCAAAUCCUCCUAAAGACUUUUUGCUAAGUAGUCGUACAGCCUAGCGUGCACCUUGUAGAAACAAGACAUGCUGGCAGAUCACAGGGUUGAGAUGCCUUUUGUCUUCAUUUUAUAUUAAAAAAGAACUGUCAGAAAAUAAAA